ACCACAAAAAAAGGUUGUAAACAGUUUCAAAGUUUCAUUUUUUAAAUAAAUAACCAAAGACGUGUAAGAAUGAUGGAAGUUGAUUCCGUAGAAGAACAACAUAUUGUUAAUGGAUCAAUGAUGAAGAAUUUCGUAGGAAAAACAGUACGAGUAUUCUUAAAUGUCGAAUUUACUUCAACCGGUGGAAGAAAGAUUUCAGGAAAAUCUACUGAUAAAACUGUAGUUAAUGUUGCUCUUGAAUCACCAUUGAAUCAACCUUUAUCGGGAUGGAUUGAAGUGAUUGGUAAACCAGUUAGCGCUUCAACUUUAAACUGCUCAGAGAUCAUUGUAUUUCCACAUGAUGAAAACGCUGAACCGUUUGAUGAAGAGUCUCAUAAUGCCUUAGUUAUGCUGAUGAACAACAUGCGUGACUUCUAUGACAAUGGAGCCGACUCAGCUUUUUAAAUCUAAGAUAUCUUGUAAAAAUCGUAUCAAUAAAUAUUCCUAAUUAAAAUAGAAAAACA